AUGAAUAUAUAUGCCGAUAACAUCUAUCUUCUCUGCGCGCCUUCAACACCUCUCCCGUCACCACCUCUGGCCUCCCGCCGGACUCAUCACUGCCUCGCCUCGCCCCGCCGUCACCACCUCUGGCCGCCCGACCCGCCUAAUCACCCCGUCACUUCCCCACACCACUCCGACGCACUGUCAUCCCGUCACCGCCCGCCUCCACCCCGGCUGGAGACCCAUAUCCACGUUGGGCCAGCCUGUCAUCACCCCGGCCGACCCUUAAACCUCUCCGGCGCACCGUCACUACCUCGACACCCCUCAACGCUUGACUCCACUUCGGCCCGAGACCCGUUCACUAGCCCGGUACCACUCCUUCCCAGCCGCAAAAUUGAAAUUGGCAACAUCCAGUUUAUCCCCUCGGGCUCAUCUCAUCACAGACAGGACUAA